AUGCCUGGUCGCCGUUGUGUUAACUGUGGAAACGUAAAGAACGAUGAGUUGGGAAUUUCUAUUCACAAUUCUCCUGCAUCGGGAAGCGUUAGAUUAAAGUGGAAAAAUUUCGUGUACAUGCACCGGAAGAAUUUCAACCCAGUGGAAAAAUUUGCUGUGUGCUCGGAGCAUUUCACAAGGGAUUGUUUUACGCUUGCUUUUCCGAUGAAAGGCAUGAAAAGGAAUGUGAAGAAGGGGACGUUUCCAACCAUUUGGAAAAACUCAUCUGAAACACUAUCAAAGCGGUGUCGACGAUCGGUGUGUGGAAUUAUAAUGUAUGUGCCCUGUGUUUAUCACCAUUAUAAUCAUUUAUUUCCUCAUUUACCUGUGACAUGAUUUUUUCUGGCAUCUUUGUUCAAUAUUCGUGUAAUAAAUGCUCUGACUAUUUGGACUUUAAGAAAUUUGUCUUUGAGUUUUGCUUUCGCUGAAUCAACCGUUCUCCGUCUUCAGGUAAAUUACAAAACGUUUUUCGUUGUUAUUCUGAACGGCAUCUGUCUACUUGCUCUUAAUAUUAGGGUAAAAACUUUGAGGGAAAACUAUAGCUGCAACUAUAAAAACCAACUAAAAAAGACUCUAAAAAACAAGCUAAAACUAAACUAGGGGCAGCUGUAAGGGUACCAUCCGGCAAGUGCCAACGAGGCGAAUUCGAUAACCUUUUGUGGGAUGUGCCUAACGGUCCUUCGUGAAUCGGUGGACAAUUUUAGCGGUUUUAAAUUGAUUUGUCUAUUAUUAAUAAAGCCAAAAUAAGAAUUAAUACAGGAGAUUAUAAAGGGACUGUAAAAGGGUAGGGUGGUACGCCCUAAUAUUGCCUAUACGGGAAUGUGCCGCUGGACAGGGUAUGGUUUUUUACCUCUCCGUCCCCUAUUGUGUUUUUACUCUACAGUAAUUGCCAAUAAAUUCAUAAAUAGCUUUAAACACGACGGCGCUUUUUUCGUUUAUCCUAAACGGAGUAUAUAAUUGGCGUUGUUGACCUAAGAGGGUAUGUAUUUAAGGAUAUUUUUGUCCUAAACAGGGUCAGGGUUUCAAACCUCGGCGGUUCACCUAUACCUAAAUAUUGGUUGAGUAACCCCCUGAGGGGUUUGAAACAACAACUUUGGUACAUUCUAGGUUAACCUGGUCACAGAAGCUUAAAGCGUCUUUGGUAGCAAAUCUUCACUGCAAAUUUCAUUUUAUUUAAACGAUAAACGUUAGGUAAUCAAUCCUUGAAAAUUAAACUUGAACAAGUUAAUAACAAGCUGUGUCUACUGUCUACACUUCAGCAGUGCUUUGUUUGAAAUUAUUGAAAUCAAUGUAUUAAGUGCCUAUAUGGUUGUUUUCUUUCAUGGUAUGAAACAACAAAUACAACAAUUGAAUUUGUACAAACGAAUUUUUUUAAAUUCGUAGUACGUCUCAGUAAUAAAUAUCAAAGUUUUAUAACGUUCUUAUAGAUAGCAAAAAAUGUAGGUAACAAAAUUAUGAACGCUUUGAUUCUAUUGGUCUGUUCACGAACUUAAAAAACAGUUUCUUUUCCACUUUGUUUCACUAGAGUUCACAUGUCAUUUUUUUGAAAUUCUUUAAGUACCACAGUACUUCCUGUGGAAAUUACAAGUUUAGUACUUCUUUGACAAUGUUCCGUUGGGAGUUGUAUUUCAAUUUGACAUCCUUUAGGCUCGUAAGGACAUCUUCUAUUUCAUCUACGGUGCUGCUCAUACUUGCUGUUGUAUUCUUCAGGAGGUUUUCGAUUUCAUUUGUAAAUGCAGUGAGCCACAAUUCUGAUUCAUUGUGUUGAAUACACAGCUUGACAGAGCCGUCCCGCCUGCAGUUGAUGAUCCUUUGUCGCACCUUUGCAGUUUUGGCAUCUCACUGACUCGCCCGACUCAUCCCCAAUUCGUUUUUUUGCAAAGUUGGCAUGCACUAAAAAUGCUUAAACUGGCAACAUAUUUUAGUUGACUUGCAAUGAUCUCUCUUUCUGGAUUUGUCAAUAUUUCUGGGCCCACUAAUUUUUUUAGAGUUGUGGUUUCCUCACUGUAAGUUGUAUUCCUGUGGGUGCUAAGGAAUUUUGAUCUUGAUAAUACCGUAGUGUGAGGUUUUGAAAGUAAUAGGCCUUGUUGCUUUUCAGUUGUUUAAAUAACGGUUUCCAUAUGUGGAGUUCCAUUGUGCUGGUUUCGUCUUCCAAUAUGCAGUCUUCUUUGACAGAUAAAGCUUGACUGGAUUUGGUUUCUAUCUUGUUUGGCUCCUGGGCUCCCAUUGACAGAGUUGCAUGGACGUUGACUUUCUGAUUGAGACAUCAGACGCUUCCUGUGAUGUUGAUUCGGAACGUUCUGACUUGACAAAAUUUGGUACAUAGGAGAAUGGUACAUCAGCAUUUGCACACUGCGAAACAUAGGAUUGCUGGUCGAAAAGCCAGUCGUUGUCUUCAUCAUCUGGUAUAAGAAGGUUCUUUAACAAGACGGGAGACUUGGUUUCUUGGAAGUGCUUGAUCUUGGGAUGUUUUGUUUUGUCAAAUCCAACUACUCUUUGCACUUUAGUCGGUGAAACUUGCAGGUGAAAGUCAAACCAAUCAUGUCUGGACCUUGCAGCGGUUUUGACGGGGAUAUUUUUUGGAUGUACCCAUACCUGUUUACUAAACGAAAGAAAAGCAAACAAAUUCAGGAUGCAUGAUCAUCAAUGCGCUUACAGUGACAGCAACAAUAACCCUAUUAUCAUCAUUAUAGUUAACACAAUAACACAUGCUAUGCUAUCUUAGCAUAGUUUUCUUGAACAUUUGUCAAGUGUCUUGAGCUAAAAAAGGUUUUCCAUCUUGGCCCCCACUUUCCCAUCAUAUCAAACAUAUAAGCUCUUUCAUAGGGAACAUCAACUUGAAUAAAAUUUUACUACUUACCCCUAGACUGCUUUCUUGCUGACAUCAUGAACUGUAAUUUUUUAAAGUAACAAUAACGUGUUAGCAACUCAGUUUACAAAUAAACCCAUCUUUCAGUUACAGAUAAAAUAAGCACCACAACUUGUACAACUUUUUUCUUUCCUUCACUUCACUAAAUAUUUGUGAAGACCUGUUUCGCAUUUCCCGUUUAGAUCGUUUAAUGUUUUCAUCUGCAUAAUAUGUCUGACUUGAGGAAUUAAUGCUUUGACUUUUCCGCUUUAUUGUAAAUUUAAUUACUAAAUCAUUUCUUUGGUUUUCAUUUCUUUUACGUAUUUCUAAUUUGCCCCUUUCGUUUAUGUCAAGUUCAGAAUAAGUUUUAGCUCUAUACUUCUGCAUGCAUGUAUUAUUUUUUGCCUUGACUUCUGGCUGUUUUCUGUAACACUUCAUAUAGUUAUUACAUUUGACUCUGUUAUCCUUUUUAUAACUUGUGACUUUUUGGUCUAACUUCACUUCUUUCGUACUGCAAGAGUCUUUUGAAACUGAUUUGCAAACAACUGAAUUUAUGGUGAAGCUAUUACAGGUCUGAUUUGCAGAUUCAUGUAAAUUGAUGUCUACAUACUCAGACUUUUGAAAUAUGGCAAAAAAACAGCCAUCUGGAUAACUAUACAAUACUUCUUGAAAGGAUAAGAAACGCCUUACAGAAACACACAAAUCAUCAAUAUAGAUCCAACCCCUCUCACUUUUUAAGGCAACAGUAAAAUGUCUAUUUAAACACCUAACAAUUCCUUUGAGGCGGUAUGAAACUCCUAAGGUUUCCAUAUCAUGUGGAAAAAACAAUUGAGUUAUACAAUCAGGUGACAAUUCUAUCAUUGAAAAGGUUGGCAGGCACACGAAGUGUCGAAGUGAAGCAACACUUCCAGAAUGAUUUUGGCAGUAAGUACAAAAAAGUCUAUUGGUGUUUGGCAGCACAGCUUCUGAUACAAACCUUUCAAAACCAUUCUGAUUUAUAUGGCGAUAGAUAAUAUACAAGACAAAAACAUCUGUGGAUUUGGUGAUUUCCUGGUUACACUCUGAACAAAUGGAAUGAUUGGUAUGUUGAAUAAGAAAUAAUGAUUUUAAGCCAAACGUUAAUUCUCCAAAUGUAUUGAUUUGGAAUAUGUCACUGAAUACAGCAUUAUCUGACAUACCUGUAAAAGAGGCACAGUGCUGUCUCAUCCAGGCCCAAAUGGGUUCUCGAACUGAAUGUAACUGUUGGAAAGGAUUUCACCACCAUUUACUUGCACACAUGCUGUGUAUAACCUUUCAAAAAAUUCAUUACGUUCCACAGCCUCAACAGCAUCUUUAAAAAUGUAACAGCUUAACUCCAUAAAACAAUCAAUUGCACAUGAGAAUUUUCCUGGAAAAUCAAGGCAGUAAUUCCUGAAAUGCAUUUGCUCAACGGGGAGGAAUGAACGAGGCAAUGACUGCGAUAUUUCUUUACCAAAACGUUCUUGUAAAUGUGGUUUGGUUUGGGAAGAUUUACGGGAGUUUGAAUCCUUUGACAAUGCUGGAUUUCCAUUGACCAAAUGUGCUUCCUUCUUUGUUAUUAUGUAAGGAUUAAAACUACCAUUUGAAGCAUACGGAAUUCUUGUAGACAAAUAUUUCCGUUUGUAAUAGGUGACCGUAUAAGCACGGGCCACAACAUCUAAUUUUGUGUAAUUGUAAAUCUUCACUUAAACAAGUACGCGGAGGUUUAAUUAUGGAGCAACUGCUUCCACAAAUAAUGAGUGAUACAAUCAGCAUGAAGCAGUAAAUAUGAAACAUGACAAAGUUGGUAUGCGACUGAACGCUCGCAGUGAUCAAGCAAUGGAAGCCACGUGUUUGUCUUGAUUUAAUACGCAACGCUGGCGUUUAAGGAUUUUUUUCUGCUAAAAGAUGUAAAAAUAAAUCACUUCGCUUCUUUUCUCCUAAGUCUUCAGAACGUCUCAGUCGACGAAAGAACACCUCGUUCGAAAUUGACAGGCAAACACACAAGUGCGAACACGCUGGCUCAAUGCGAAUCGAGCUACGAAGAGCACGCUGGUUCUAACAAAAAUUUGAGCGUAUAAUCCUAUUCCUUGAUCAGCUACCGCUUAAAAUUCAAUUUACAAAGGAAAAGAGAGCACUGCAAACCCUGGUUCUGAAUAGAGAAUGUAUAAAGCAAACACGCUGGCUCGAAUGUAAGCCUGCGAAGAACAAGCUGGCUCUGACAAAAAUUUGAGCGUAAAACCCUAUUCCUUGAUCAGCUGCUGCUUCAAACGCAAUUUAUAAAGCAAACCAAACCGCCAAUAGCCUUUUCAAACUAGAAAUCGUAUUAAAACUUGCUCACCUGUUAGGACAUCGACCUUCUCCGAUGGACAACGAACAGCUGCACACUGGACCACGCAAUCUCAAACCACGAGUUAUAAAUACAAGACCAUGACGUCACUGCCCAGAUAUGGGGUCUUACUUACACCCAAAUAUGGUUAAAAAUGCAAAUUUUAGAGGGUUACGCAGAAUUUGAGGGGUUUAGCCCACAUUGCGCGGCGUUAUAAUCUGCCGCCGAGUCAACCUCGCUUCUUAGCUCGGUUGCCUCGUUGGCAAUAAAUGAAAUAAUUAUCAAGCUUAUUUAUGUGACAAUUUUUAAAAUAUACGUAAAGUAGAAAUGAGAAAAUUUGAAGGUAAUUCGUUUAGAAUAACAGGUAACACUAAUUUUAAAAAGAAAUUAAAUAACUAGCUUUGUAUCGAAAUCUGUCUGGGGAAAUCCAGCUAUGAAAGUCAAAGUAUAAACUGAAAUUCGCCGACACAUCGCCGGCGCUGAAGCUGUUGUUUUUCGACCGUUCUCUGAACGACUGUUAUGAAUAAACACUGAUGACCAAAAUAGUACACACAGAAGUCAUUGCUUGAAAAAUUUAUUUGAAAACCCAAAUGUUUCUGUACUCAAAUGAAAUUCGCUUAUUCUAGCGUAAUGUGCCCGUUUAAACUCAAGUAAAAUUUUUAAUCGAUGCGAUGAAAACUUCACAACAAAGCUGUCUCGAAUUUGAGCGUGUUUCCUGAAAUAUUUGCUUGAAUUUAGCAUCAGCUUGACCAAAAAGUCAAUAACACAAUGCUAAUUGAUGAAUUUACAUUUCAAACAGACUUUCUCUUCUAUAAGAAAAACAUGCAAAAUGUACCUUCAAUCUUCGCUCGCUCGAUUUUCCUUUGAACAGCCGAUUCUAGCCGCGAGGAAAACAGUGAUUAAUUCAUCCAGGUCUUUUUUCCUUCAAAACGACAGCGUAGUAUUUUCUUCAACUUCCACUUUUCAUCUGUACAUUUUAUCGGUGUAUUUUACCGUCAGGAGAGAAGAUUGUUGAAUUUGCCUAAAUUUGUUGAAUUUGCCUAAAUUUUACUGCGCUAGCUCAGUUCCUUGGCGUUCACCCACGGGCAAAUGGUAGUGGCUAACUGACCAAUCAGAGCGCGCGAUUUACUUUUGAUAUGUUAUAAUCCCAUAUUGCUGCAUGUGUUUUCGUACUUUUCUGCUUUCUUCUCAUAGUUGGUAAAACGGGCAUUUGCGCAAAAAUGGGUAUCUGCGAUGAGUGGACGUGAAGUCAAUUCCCCAAUUCCCAAACCUUUCCACUCAAGCGUAAAAUUUAGAAAAAGUGAAGCUAAAUAGAAAUCCGGUCUGUAUUUUUUGAGAGAUUAUCUUUCUGUUAGUUUGAGAUUUAACAGUACUCCAAACUUCCCUCCAAGAAAUCUUACAGUAAAUUUAAGAGUUACACGCGAGUCUUUUAAAACGACCAAAAAUGGACUUAGUCUGAUUUCUACAUUCUAUAAGUUCAGUUGCUGUUUGCGGUUUUUUUUUCGUUUGUAUUUUAAUUCUAUUUUCACUGUCUGCAAAUGAUGCAUACAUUUUAAGGCAAAAAUGUGGUUAAACUUUGCUUCCAUUUCUAGUUUUGAAAACAUCAACAUAAAGCUCAAAUUUAAACUUGUUUUGAAGGGGAGAUAUAAAAAAUGGUCGUACCUAUUUUCAUUUUUAGAUACUAAAUUAAAUUCUGGCUGGUCAAACUACUAAUGAGGAUACAGAGGAAGAAGACAAUCCUGAAGAAGAGGUGUUCUCUUUGAAAGGAAAUUCUGCACUUGAGCAGCGUGCUGACACUAUGGGGGCUCCCAAUCUCAACCCUGAGGGGUCUUCAGAAGUCGAAGGUGUUCUGAUCAUGAAUGCAAGUCAGGGUUCUUUGGUUGAGGUAAAUGCUGAAAAUGAGGGCUGCACCCCUGCUUCAGAGGUCCUAGGUACUCCUGGUGAUAAGACAGCUCUCGAGAGCCAAGGGAUUUCAGGCACUGAUGAGAUUACUGACACCAUGCAGAUCUUGGAGGCUGAGGGAAUCGAAAAAGGGCAGGAUAUGGAUGAAGUUAUGCAGAUUGAUGAAUCAUUAACGAUUCCUGAACCUGAACAGGUUUCUAUGGUAGGUGCAUAACUCUGAUUAAUGGUUAUUUGCAUCUUUGUAUCAUCAUAACAUGGAAAACUACAUGUGCAGUUAUUUUACAGCAAUACUAAAGCACAAAAAUUCUAAACUCUUGUUAUUACAGCCUGUGUUAAUGUUGAAAGUUCGUUUUUUGUAGGAUACUCCGACUGGACGUGCUGGGAAUUGCACAACAUUCAAAACCCUGAAGAGUGAGGUGACUCAGUUAAAGGGCAAAGUCACACGACUGAAGAGUAAGUUAAUCUCUAAUCAAGAUCAGUGGGUUGAAACCUUUAAGAGCAUACAAGAGCCGAAGUAGUUGCUGAUGGUGAAUGCUGGUGAGUCAACAAUAAUUGAUGUUGAUGAGUCAUAUAGGCAUAACUGCCUACCUUUAUAUUAUUUUUAUAUUUUAUCAAUAUUUAAUUAUUUAAUAAUAAUUAAAAUUUUAAUGGUGAUAGAAUUUUUUUAAUUCAAUUUGUUUAAGCUACUCAAACUGAUCCAUGGCCAGUAACAAAUGAGACUGAGUUAGGGCUGGAGGAUGAACCAGAAGAUGAGCAGGAAAUGCAGGACGACGCAUACGAGGAGUUUGAGUGUGAUGAAGACCCUUCAUGGAGUCCUGAAGAAAUCGAAGAUGCAUAUAAAAAACUAAAGGAAGAUGAUGUCUCACUGAAGACUCAUCAGACCCCAAGGUACAAAGAUGCAAAAUUUAUUCCUUUCUAACAUCUUAGCUCUAAGUAUCCUUUGGGAAGUGAUUUAGGUCUAAAACUAACUUCCAGUAUGAGAGGAUCUAUUUCGAAACAAGAGUACAUGAAAGUUGUUUUUUAAUUUACUCAGAUAAGAAUUGCAAAAAAAAAAAAGAAGAAAAGGCAUAGACAGCCCAUAGACUGGAAGUCCCAGGCCUAAAAAUUUUUGGUUUGUUCACCCUACCACUUGUAAUAAAUUAUGCAUCGUUGGGGUGAACUAGAUAGCUUAAGGGCUCAAAGUUGUCAUGUGUGCAAUCAACAGAAUUAUUAUAAAAUAACAUUUUUUAGGAUGUAUGUGAGAAUAAAAUCCCAACCCACAAUUAGCCAGGUUUACAACAAGUUGAAAAACUGGCAACACCCUGAGAAAAACAAUAAAAAUGAUAAUCAUUUUUUUAUUGUUAUUUUAUUAUUUCAGAUGCUAUGAUUAAAUGAGUAUUUUCUUUCAAUCAGUUUUUACAGGUUGGAUCUACAAGGAAAAAACAUCCGAGAGGAACCGAAGGGAAUUGUUUUCCUUUCCAAACUUCUUCUUUUGUUUCAGUUCUGCCACUUGUGCUUCUUUUCAAAACCCAAACUUUCUGUAUCACAGACGGGUACCUUGUUAGCCGUGGAAAGUUUCUGCAGUAACUGUGGCCAGACAAAAGUCUGGAAGAGUCAACCAGUCCUGCUAGGAAAGUUUCCAGCAGGUAACCUGCUAUUAAGUUUUGCAGUGCUCUGUGCUGGGGCAUCCAUCCGAGAGGUACUACUGGUAUUUAGGCACAUGGGUAUAUUGGCGUACCAUGAGCCAACAUACUAUUACCACUAAAGGCACCUUCUGAUCCCCUCCAUUGUCUCCUUCCGGCGAAAAUACCAGAAGAGGAUACUGGAGACACUGAAGAACAAGGAAGUGGUGGUGGCUGGUGAUGGUCGCCAUGUCAGUUUGGGACAUUCUGCGAAGUUUGGUACCUAUACGAUCUUUUCCUGCACAGUUGGGCUUACCAUCCACAUUGUCCUUUUGCAGGUAUGAUUUUGAAUCAGACUGUCUAAAAAACCCUGCUAAUAACUAUUUCACCAUCCCUAUAGUUAGUUUAUCUCUGCCAAAAUACUUGUGUAUUAAUAAAGAGCCGGAUUUGCUUAACAUGUUCUUCUAAAAGGUGGUAACUAUGCUCUAGCAGUACUUUAAUACUUUUGCCUCCCUAUUUGCAUCUGAUGAUUGAUCUAAACAAUGUAAUCAUAUGAACCUGAGGCCAUAAUGUGCAAAGCCAUGAACUUAAACAGCAUUAUUGUCAGGUUAUUCACAAGUGUAUCGAUUUAUCUCUUCACUCUUAAGGCCAAUGAAGCAGGAAACAGCUCUAGGAUGGAAUUCUUUGCCUUUGAAAAAGCAUUUACCUUCCUCUUGGGGACUGGCCUGUUGAUAAAGUCAUUCACCUCUGACAGACACACCUCAAUUGCCAAGUGGAUGAGGGAAGACUGUCCAAAAAAAUGCCGAGAUAUGGGAAAGUCAAUUGUAGCUCAUUUCUUUGACAUAUGGCACAUUGGUAAAAGUAAGGAGCCUCUCUUGCAGUAUCUGUAAAUGCUAACACUUACUACAAUAAGUAUAUUGAUGCAGAUAACAUAGUGUACAUGUACAAGACUCAAUAUAAUUAUGUGCUACAGAUACAGCACAUGCCCCUUAACAAAAUAAUUCUCCUCCUUUAGCAUUUUUAAUUUCUUACAUGUACUGACCAUUUUAGUCAUUUAUAUGUUGAUUAUACAUCUGUUCAUUCCUAGAGAUCCAGAAGGUACUGACCAAACCCAGCAAAGAGAAGGGCUGUGAGAUUAUUGGGAGGUGGCAAAAAGCUUGUGUAAGACAUUUCUACUUGGCUGUUACCUCAACCAAAGAACAUCUUGGAGAAGUAAAGCUUGCAAAGUUUGAAGAUUUUCUCUCUCAUGUGAUAAACAAGCAUAAGGAACUCCCAAACAGACUUUUUAAUGCAUCUGCUCAUGGUGACAUAACCAGUCCCCGGGUGUGGAUGACAAAAGGUAUGACAAACAUCUCCUUUCUUUACUUUAAAAUUAUGUCAUUUUUGAUAGCAAAGCAUGUGUCCACAUUAUAUAUGUUGUAUCACCAACUAAUAUGAUAUCAUGAAAACACAAUUUCCCUAUUACUUCAGUGGAUUGUGUGUUUUAGUGAAUGGUGGUCACUUUUCAGUUACAUCUUAUACACUAUUAACCAAAACUGAAAGAACAAAAGCUAGCUUUGGAAGAGUAUCAUGGCAUGUGGAUACUUUCAUUAGACCAAUUUCUGAUUCUCUUUCAGCAUCAGAAGCAUACGAAAAACUAAGUGCCGCACUCAGCAAAAACAGUCUUACAAAAGCAAUUAAGAAGGCAUCCUCUGUGGAACAUACCAGUGCUCUUGAGAGAUACCACUCUGUGAUAAAUCAGUUUGCCCCAAAGAUGUACGCAUUCUCAUACCUGGGUAUGUUUUGCGGGUAUGGGUUUCUUGAUGAGUAUUGUCAAAAUAAUAGUAAAUAAUAACAACAAGGAUUGUUAUCUUUGAACAACUUAACCUAUUUUAUUUGCUCUAAUUUUCUUACAUUCCAGUCAGGAGCUACACUCCGUGUUUAAGUUGUUAUUGUAUUCUCACAGAACAAUAUUGGCUGCCCUACACUUUAAUUACAACUUAAAAAGGGAAACAAAAGUAGAUGAAGUUGGAAAUCCAAUUAUACAAGUGACAUACCCCAAGUUUAAGGAUGGAGAGGCCUCAGUGAGAGAAGCAAAAGUUUCAGCAAACUAUGGUAAUAGCAAAAAAGUACUAUGA